CCAAGUAGGACGCAUUAUCCGGUAAUCGCGUGUCGGUCGUAGGUGUGGAUCAGCAGAAGCAUUUUUUAUAUCUACAUUUCUGCUAGUAGCUUUCCUCCCCCCUAAAAUUGUGUCCUCACGGUGUGUUACUGUACGGUGGCUAUUGUGCGCGAUAAUUAGAAAAUUGAAUUUCUAGCCGAAGCGAUGUUUCAAUCUACCGCGGGAGAAGAACCAUAAUUUGUUGACGUGUAUAAGUGAAUGGAACGCAAAUCGCGAGGAAAAUAUUUACACCAUCCGCCGAGAAGCUGCCAGGGAGUGAGUUCGGUGGAGCAUUGUUCGUAUUCCUGUUGUUAGUGCAUUUUACAACGUAUAUGUGAAGAGACGAAGCUUGGCUUGGAGUUGAGUUGUGUAAAUUUAAAUUAUAUAGUGUAGGACUUAAUGUGGUAAAAUACAUAUAUUGUUGCCUGUUGAAGCAAUUAGGAUAGUGCGUAUGCGAAGAAGCUGAUUGCUGUUAGUUCACGGUGCAGUUUUGUCACUCGCUUGAAAUGUUGUUACUCGUCGCUUUUGGCCAAGCCUUGGAAUAAAUAUUUACUCCUUACCUUACCCUACGUUAAACAACCAGUAAAAGUUAAAAUCUACUUAAUUAUUCUCAAGUGAAAUGUAAAAGUAAAAGAAGCACUCCUGAAAAUAAGCCAAAGUUUAAUAGUUCCACGUGUCGUGUUAUUUAACGUGUGCGACGAUCAUCAGCAAAACCUUCAAUGGCGCAAUUUGUGACUCAUAUCCAGCCCACGAUGCUGGAAGCAGCUCAGGGCCAUCUUCCCCAUCACCAUGGCCAUCUGCAGCAUUCGUCCCAUCUGCCCCACAGUGGCCACAACAUGCCGUCGCCUCCGACAGCCCACCACGGCCACGGCCACAGCCAUGGCCAUCACCCUUCCCCGUCGCAUGCGAAUCUCGCGCACAGCGCCAGCCGGGAGAUCAGCAAUGGGAAAUCAUCCAAGCAUCACCACUCGUCGCAUCACCAACCGAUGUCGCCCAAAUCGGCGUCGGAUCAGCACCAUCAUCACGCUGGUAAUGCGGAAUUGCAACAGCAGUAUCAUCAGCAAUACCACCAUCAGAUGGCGCAAAUCCAGCAACACCAGCACCAUACGCAUCAUACAGCACCGAAAGGUGGUGCGGCGAGUGGAAGCCAUCACGGCCACAGCCAUCACCAUUCGGGCUCGGUAAGUUUCGUAGCUUUACAUUUCAUUACGGGAGCCAUUUAA